AGUGCAGAGACCCGUGCCAGGCCACAGGGGUGGCAGGUAGCAGGGGUGCUCCGGCUGUAGCCUCAAGACUGCCCGGGGCAGCGUUUUCUCCCAGCGGGCACACGUGUGGUAUCUGGGUGUGCCCGGGUGUGUCUCCAUCACUCUCCCGCCGUGUCUCACCCACAGUGGGAAUCACAUUUGUGCCAUGGAGCGGGCGGGGCACCGGCAGGGGUUGUGUUUUUGUCACUGGGCGUGUCUGUGUGUGCGGUUUGGUGUCUCUGGGUGUGUCUGUGUGGGUUGUGUUGGUGUGUUGCCAGACGUGUCUGUGCGUGAGUGUCUCGUUUCCCUGCGGCUGGCGGGUCCAUGUUCCUGCAUGACAUAUGGAGUGGAAGAGAGUGGGGUUAGGUCUGUGAGUUGUCGCUAGAGUGGUGACCUUGCUGCCACCAGCAGUGUCUCAGAGGUCGGUGUGUGCAAGGUGUUCUGUGUUCCCAGGCCAGCGUCUCCCGAUGUGUUGCCUGAGGAGGGUUUGGAUCUGUGUCCUGAUGGGCAGCACACAGAUCUCAUGUAGUACUUCCAUGCUGCUGCACGCAGGGACAUUCCACACUGUGUCACUCUAGGAGUCACAGUGCAUCACUCUGCAUUGCAUUUGUUCUUCUGUAUGUCACUGUGUGUUGUGUCUCUUUAUGUGUGUUAUCUGUGUAAAGGCGAGCUAUCAUUCAGAGAUGUGACCUUGUGUGUCAUGUCCAGGGAUAUGUCCAUUUCACGGGCCUCUCCUUUCCCUGCUAAGAACACAACCUGGGUGGCCAUCCUCAGAGCGUGUUGUGUUUGUGUGGCUGUGUCUUAUACUGCACCGGAGGGUAUGCCCUGGUGUUAUGUGUGGUGUCAUUGCAGGGGUAGGUGUUGGCUGUGCCAGUGGGUCCCUCUGUGUUUUAUGUGAUACGUGGUGUCCAAAAAAGGUUGUGUCAUUCUGUAUUUGUGUAUGGCUCUGCCUAUGUUGUGUUUGUGUGGCCAUGCAUGUUGACUAUAUCGCGCGACAGGCCGCAUGUGGGCAUAAUUCAGAUGUGGCUUGUCAGAGGAGACGUUGCAUGUUUUACUUGGUGCCUGUUGCAUUUGGGAUUCGGGAUCCAUGUGGUCUGUGCCCUGCUCCUCCUUCCCCUGGGUACCAUUCUGGGUUGUGUCUUCUGUGAUGCGCCAAAAUAUAUCAGAAUAUCUUACUUUGGGUAUGCGCUGUUUGGGUUUCUGUGUGGGUCUCUUCAUGCAUCCAUUCCCACUGUCCUAACUGUACAUUUGAAUGGCAUUGUGCGCUGGGGUAUAUUGUGUGUCGUGGCGGGUCUGUAUGUGCUGUGAAUCAUUCUAUGAGCAUAUAUAUUUGAGUUGCCAUGUGCCACGAUGUGUAUCAGUGUGCAUUUCUCUGUGUGCUGGGCGCUUGAGGUCUGUUAUGGUGUGGACACAAAGCUUUGGUCUGCACAUGUCAGGUGUCACUCCAUGGGUGUAUAAUAUUUAGGACACUAUUAGUGCAUGGUUUACACAGGUAUAUGAAGUGUGGCAUUCGGGUAUCACUAACAUAUUGUGUGUCUGUCUAAUGAUUAGUAUGUGUUGUGCUAAUGUAGCUAUAGAUGUGCCUCAAAUGUGGAGUCUGGCAGUGGCUGUUUGUGUAAGAGAACACUGUGCCAGUUUUGACUGCGGUGUUUUUGCCAGUGUGUGGACAAUGUUUGGGUGGUCAUGUGCACCACAGGAGCACUGCCUUCCUUGCUGAGUGCCGGCGUGUGUCACACCAUAUGUGUGGUGUCUGGGUGUGGCUGUGGGUUUCCGAGCUCAUCGGGAGUUGUGAGUCACUCACUGUAGGUUGUGUUGUGUGCCCAUGUGUGUUAGGCUCCGUCUCCGGCCGUGCCGUGUGUGAGGGUGUAUCAACCGGUGUCUUGCGGUGUCUGAGUGUGGCUGAGUUUAGGAGUGUAUUACACGGUGCACCGUUGUGUGUGACACAGUCUAUUGUGUGCCAGUAUGUGUCUUUAUCCACGUGGAUGCACGCCUCUUCCUUGCUCUGCCCCAAGACACACCCCGGUCCCUCCUUAGACUGAGAAGGGAGGUUAGGGAGCCUCCCCUCUGCCCAAGGGCCACGCCAGCCCCUCCCCGCCCUGCCCAGCCGUCACCACCCCCAGAGGGCACAGACUUCUUCUGUGCCUCAAAGCAAGAGCCCCAGAGCAAGGAGCAGAGCGGGCCGAGGACCUGCAAGCCACAGUGGCUGCCCUUUGUGUGCUGCGAGGUGGGGGACCCUGGGCAGGAAGCUGGCUGAGCCCCAAGACCGCAGGGGCCAUGGGCGGGGAGCUGGUGCCAGGCCUGGGGGCCCUACAGCGGCGAAAGCGGCUGCUGGAGCAGGAGAAGUGGCUGGCUGGCUGGGCAUUAGCACUGGCGGGAAUUGGCAUCGGACUCAUGGUACUACACGCGGAGAUGCUAUGGUUCGGAGGGUGCCCGUUGUUCAUGACCGACAACGGGCUCCGGGACUGGCGCGUGGCGCUGACCGGGCGGCAGGCGGCGCAGAUCGUGCUGGAGCUGGCGGUGUGCGGGCUGCACCCAGCGCCGGUGCGGGGUCCGCCGUGCGCACAGGGUUUGGGGUCCCGGCCCACGGCGACGCAGUCCUGGCCGGGCUUCCUGGAUGAGGGGGAGGCGCUGCUGUCGCUGGCCAUGCUGCUGCGCCUCUACCUGGUGCCCCGCGCCGUCCUCCUGCGCAGCGGCGUCUUGCUCAACGCGUCCUACCGCAGCAUCGGCGCGCUCAACCAGGUCCGCUUCCGCCACUGGUUCGUGGCCAAGCUGUACAUGAACACGCACCCGGGUCGCCUGCUGCUCUGCCUCACGCUUGGCCUCUGGCUCACCACCGCCUGGGUGCUGUCGGUGGCCGAGAGGCAGGCAGUUAAUGCCACUGGACACCUUUCAGACACACUGUGGCUGAUCCCCAUCACAUUCCUGACCAUUGGCUAUGGAGAUGUGGUGCCAGGCACCAUGUGGGGCAAGAUUGUCUGCCUUUGCACUGGAGUAAUGGGGGUCUGCUGCACAGCCCUGCUGGUGGCCGUGGUGGCCCGGAAGCUGGAGUUUAAUAAGGCAGAGAAGCAUGUGCACAACUUCAUGAUGGACAUCCAGUAUGCCAAAGAGAUGAAGGAGUCAGCUGCCCGAGUGCUGCAAGAGGCCUGGAUGUUCUACAAACACACACGCAGGAAGGACCGUGGAGCUGCCCGCAAGCACCAGCGCAGGCUGCUGGCUGCCAUUAACAGGUUCCGCCAGGUACGGCUGAAACACAGAAAGCUCCGAGAACAAGUGAACUCCAUGGUGGACAUUUCCAAGAUGCACAUGAUCCUGUGUGACUUGCAGCUGGGACUGAGCAGCUCACAUCAGGCCCUGGAGAAGCGGAUGGAUGCACUGGCAGGGAAGCUGGACACCCUGACCGAGCUGCUUAGCACUGCCCUGGGUUCAAGGCAGGUUCCAGAACCAAGCCAGGAGGCCACGUAGCUGGAUCCAUGGAGGAAGAACCAAGCUACUUUCCCUAGGAUUGAGGUCAAGGACAUUGUCUCUGCUACUCCUGACCCAGCCCUAUGAAUAAGCACCUCAGGUGCAAGGACCAAAGAGGCCCCACCUUAGGGUGGGCUCACUCACUGAUGGCUGGAGGAGACACUGGCUCAAGGAGAAAGGCUGUGGCCACACACACAGCCCCAACCCCUGCCCCAAAUGGGAAAAUGGUCACUACUACCCCACAUCCCCUGGACAAAACCAUCCUCAUUGUGCUGCUACGGAUGACCUCUGGCUUUCAGUUAGAAGUGGAGGUGCCUGGGGCGCUGAGACUCCUGGGUCCCAGAGAAGGUGGGGACUGGGGGCCCAGAGUCCAGGAUCCUGGGGUUCUUCAGUUACCACUGGAUAGCGGAGUGGAAGGAACCAGGCCUGAAGCUGAGAGGUGGCAGGAGGCAGCGCCCCCUGGUGGGAGAGCAAGGAGAACACAGUUUCCAGAGCUGCAGAGAAUCUGGUGGGGAGAAGGCGGGUGGGGUGGGGGGGCAC